UUGGUAACUUCCUCCUCAAAUCCUGGCUUUUUGCCUUCAUAGCGCCGUCGCCGGAGUGUGAGUUGAGAAGCCCAGGCAGCGCUAAGGUGUGCUAGUACACAACGCAACACAAUGUAUCUUCAUUUUUUUUCUGCCUUGAGGAUGAAAAACGAGUGAAUUUGGUACUUUUUUUUUUUCCCAAGCGCGCGACAGUCGGACGAUAAUGUUGGCGUCAUGUAGGGUCUUUUUCAGAGUUUGGAAAACAAAUCGGGUUUUGUCGGUGAAUUCUCGGGAGAUGGCAGAGUAGUUCGACCCAUAUCCUCAUAAAGCACUUCGAGAAAAAAAUAACCAACAAGGUCUAAAAUGAAGGCUCCGGGCAUGUUUCUUUUGGUUUUGAUCAGCCUUGUCGUUCCUUGCUGUAGCUUGGAAGGUGAUGGCAGUGUGAGAAACACUGAAUGUGUGUGUGAUGGAUCGUCUUGCAGCACAGGGGACAGGUGUUUCGGUCAGCAGUGCUUUGCUUCACUCUCCACGCUGAACGGGACAUCAGUCCUUCAGAAGGGCUGCAUUGUGGGCAAUGAGGAGGAGUCCUUGCGGUGCAGAAACCCUCCAACUUCUGAGCUGGUAGUGGAGUGCUGCAACAGCGAUUUGUGCAACAUGAACAUUUCUUUGCAGCCUCCGGUAAAAGAUGUAGAACUGUCUGCUGGCAGACCAGUCCUAAGAGACCAGGAGUGUGUGUGCGAGGGCGGAGUGUGUGAGCGUGACCAUCGCUGUACAGGCCAGCAGUGUUUCUCCUCUCUCAAGAUGAUUGAUGGGGUGGCUGUCCAACAGAAGGGCUGCCUGAGGGACGACGAGGAGGGCAGAGCCACCUGUGCCAUGCCACCCUCAUCGGCCCAUGUUGUCAAGUGCUGCCAGGGCCAUCUGUGUAACAUGAACGUCACUGUGCAAGCUCCAGGAAAAGAGGAGGGAGUGAAGCCUCUGGUCAGAGAAGAGCACGAAUGUGUGUGCGAGGGCAGCCCAUGUGAAACGGGGAAUCGCUGUAAGGGCCACCAGUGCUUCUCUUCUUUGACAGUCACCGGUGGCUCCCUGGUGUAUCAGAAAGGCUGUUUUAAGGUCUACGAACAGAGCACGAUGACCUGCAAGACUCCGCCUUCCAGAGACCAGAUUGUGGAGUGCUGCCACGGGCACCUCUGUAACAUGAACAGCACCGUGCAGCUGCCUGUCAAAGCUGAUGAGCACUCCAACUACAACGUGACCACACUGGCGAUAGUCAUCGUGGCACCCGUCAUCUUCCUGAUCAUCCUCUCUGUCAUCGCCAUCCUGGUGUUUAGAUGCAUUCACCACAACCAGAUGGAAAGAUUAACCUCAAGGGAUGCUGAGUAUGGAACUAUUGAUGGCCUUAUAGCAUCCAAUGUGGGGGAGAGCACUCUGGCGGAUCUGCUGGAUCAUUCUUGCACUUCAGGAAGCGGCUCAGGACUGCCGUUCCUUGUUCAGAGAACUGUUGCUCGACAAAUCACACUCAAUGAGUGCGUGGGUAAAGGCCGAUACGGUGAAGUGUGGAGGGGUCAAUGGCAAGGAGAAAGUGUUGCUGUCAAAAUAUUUUCCUCCCGUGAUGAGAAGUCCUGGUUCAGAGAGACAGAGAUCUACAACACAGUACUCCUGAGACAUGAGAACAUCUUAGGUUUCAUAGCGUCAGACAUGACUUCGAGGAACUCCAGUACUCAGCUGUGGCUGAUCACUCACUUCCACGAGAUGGGCUCCUUAUACGACUACCUUCAGCUCACCACCCUUGAUGCAUCCAGCUGCCUCCGCAUGGCCCUCUCCAUUGCUAGCGGCCUGGUUCAUCUCCACGUGGAGAUCUUUGGCACUCAGGGCAAACCAGCCAUCGCCCAUCGAGACCUUAAGAGCAAAAAUAUCCUGGUUAAAAAGAACGGACAGUGCUGCAUCGCUGACCUCGGUCUGGCUGUCAUGCAUUUCCAAGACACCAACGAGUUAGACGUGGGGAACAACCCUAAAGUGGGCACGAAGCGCUACAUGGCUCCAGAAGUUCUUGAUGACUCUAUUCAGAUGGACUGCUUCGAGUCCUACAAGAGAGUGGACAUCUGGGCCCUGGGUCUCGUCCUGUGGGAAAUCGCCAGGAGAACAGUCAGCAACGGCAUCGUAGAAGACUACAAGCCGCCUUUCCAUGAUGUGGUUCCGAGCGACCCGAGCUUCGAGGAUAUGAAGAAGGUAGUGUGUGUCGACCAGCAAAGGCCCAACAUCCCAAACAGAUGGUUCUCAGAUCCUACUUUAACCUCCAUGGCCAAACUCAUGAAGGAGUGCUGGUACCAGAACCCAUCAGCCAGAUUAACAGCAUUACGCAUCAAAAAGACUCUCACAAAGAUCGACAACUCUCUGGACAAAAUCAAAACGGACAUUUGAGUGUCUGAAGAAGAACAGGCAGAUGUUUACUAAAGGCCUUUGAGGACAUCCAGAGGGUGGAGCAUUUAGGAAAACCUGAGGACAAAAGACUCGAUGGGUCAAGUGCCCUUAUAGCGGCACAGACCUGUAUUUAUUUUAAAACACGUGGCGGGAAACAUUUUGGCAUCCAAAGAUGGCUUACUGGGCAUUUCUGAGACUGCAGAUAGUCUUAGAAAAAAAGGAGAAUCUCUUUUCAUCUUAUUACAUAGGAGCUGGACUGUUAGCAACGCUCUUUAAGGAAGAAGCUGUUACCUGGGCAUUUGAGUAGGCUUGCUUUUGUUAGCGCUGCAGAUUUAGUUUGACACAUUUUUAGUCGUAAAACUGUCCGAACAUGUUACGUUUAGCAAUUUAUCUCUUUAAUUAUACUACAUUGUUCAUUUGCAUUAUAGUGAACAUAGGAAAAAGAAGCUUGCCAAUUUACUCCGAGUACUCCACUAAAGAAGGAGGAGUGCUGUGUUUUACUUUGACUGCGUCUCAUGUACCUCUGUUUACAACAGCUGUCGGGCGUUUCUUGGGAUUCCGUCGAUCCUGUAACAUUUAGUCGUGCAGCUGCGUCAGUGUCACUGUUCUUUUCCUGAGAUACUUUGUGGCAAACCUUUUGUAUAUCACCGUGCAUUUUACAUUGAAUUAUGUACCGGGUCUAUGUUUUUGUUUCUUCAGCUUUACGGAGACAAAUGCUAAAAGAACAAAUAAAAUAUCUGCUAAGUAACGCUGAACUCUAUUCCUCCAGAGGCCUGUAAGUAAAGCCUGUAAAGCCUGUAAACUGUCUUAACGCGUGCAUUGUUGUCUUAAUGCGUGCAUUGUCAAGUAAAUGAAGUCAAACUUCUGCCUUUUUUUAAUUUCUUUAACAUUUUAUAUCAAAUAGUGAUUUCUAUUAAUUAAAUAGAAAAAUGUGUUUUAUCUGUC